AUGUCCCCCGGGGGCAAGUUCGACUUUGACGACGGGGGCUGCUACGUGGGGGGCUGGGAGGCGGGGCGGGCCCAUGGCUACGGCGUGUGCACGGGCCCCGGCGCCCAGGGCGAGUACAGCGGCCGCUGGGCGCACGGCUUCGAGUCGCUGGGCGUCUUCGCGGGGCCCGGCGGGCACAGCUACCGCGGCCACUGGCGGCAGGGCAAGCGCGAGGGGCUGGGCGUGGAGCGCAAGAGCCGCUGGACGUACCGCGGCGAGUGGCUGGGCGGGCUGAAGGGGCGCAGCGGCGUGUGGGAGAGCGCGUCGGGCCUGCGCUACGCGGGGCUCUGGAAGGACGGCUUCCAGGACGGCUACGGCACCGAGACCUACUCCGACGGAGGCACCUACCAGGGCCAGUGGCAGUCCGGGAAGCGCCAUGGCUACGGCGUGCGCCAGAGCGUGCCCUACCACCAGGCCGCGCUGCUGCGCUCCCCGCGCCGCACCUCGCUGGACUCGGGCCCCAGCGACCCCCCGACGCCGCCGCCGCCGCCGCCGCUGCCCGGGGACGAGGGGGGCAGCCCGGCCUCGGGCUCGCGCGGCGGCUUCGUGCUGGCCGGGCCCGGGGACCCCGACGGCGCGGCCUCGCGGAAGCGCGCGCCGGCCGCGGGCGGCUUCUUCCGCCGCUCGCUGCUGCUGAGCGGGCUCCGGGCCGGCGGGCGCCGCGGCUCCCUGGGCAGCAAGCGCGGCUCCCUGCGCGGCGAGGCGGGCGGCGAGGCGGCGGCGGCGCGGGGCCCCCGGGCCCCGAGGCCGGCGGGGCCCCCCGCGCCCGCGCCGCCCGCGCUCAUCGAGGGCUCGGCCACCGAGGUGUACGCCGGCGAGUGGCGCGCCGACCGGCGCAGCGGCUUCGGCGUGAGCCAGCGCUCCAACGGGCUGCGCUACGAGGGCGAGUGGCUGGGCAACCGGCGGCACGGCUACGGGCGCACCACCCGCCCCGACGGCUCGCGCGAGGAGGGCAAGUACAAGCGCAACCGCCUGGUGCACGGAGGGCGCGUCCGCAGCCUCCUGCCCCUGGCCCUCAGGCGGGGCAAAGUCAAGGAGAAGGUGGACCGGGCCGUCGAGGGGGCCCGGCGCGCCGUGAGCGCCGCCCGCCAGCGCCAGGAAAUCGCCGCCGCCAGGGCCGCCGAAGCCCUCCUGAAGGCCGUGGCCGCCAGCGGCGUCGCCGAGAAGGCCGCGGCCGCGCGCAUGGCCAAGCUGAUAGCCCAGGACCUGCAGCCCAUGCUCGAGGCCCCAGGGCGCAGACCCCGGCACGACUCGGAAGGCUCCGACACCGAGCCCUUGGAGGAGGACAGCCCCGGGGUGUAUGAGAACGGACUGACGCCCUCCGAGGGCUCCCCCGAGCCGCCCGGCAGCCCCGUCUCCUCCCCCCGCCCCUGGCGGCCCCCGGCCUGCCGCAGCCCACUGCCUCCCGGGGGAGACUGGGGCCCCUUCUCCAGCCCGCGGCGUGGCCCGAGGAGUGGGGGGGGGCCCGGGGGGCCGGCGGAAGAGCUGGCCGGCUACGAGGCCGAGGACGAGGCCGGGGUGCAAGGGCUGGGGGCCCCGGGGCGGCUCCCGCUCCUCGGGGGCUGCAGCGACAGUUCCGGAAGCCUCCGGGAGGAGGAAGGGGAAGAUGAAGAGCCCCUGCCCAAGCCGAGGGCCCCGGGGGGCUCGGAGUCCACGCCUGUCACCACCCCGGUCCUGAGGGGCCCGUCCUCCAGGGGUCCUGAUGCCGGGUGCCCGGCCGAAGACUUGGAGGAGCCUGCUCCCACCGAGAGGCCUGCCCAGCCGGCGCUGCCAACCCCCCUGGUGGUAGGAGCCGUGGCCCUCCUGGACCUCAGCCUGGCGUUCCUGUUCUCCCAGCUCCUCACCUGAGGCGACUUCCGGGCCUCUCCGCCCCUCCAACCUGCCUUCUUCUCCUUCCCUAGUCCUGGUUGUGUGUUCUCCCGUCCUCUUUCCUUCGCCCCGGCCCUUUCUUUUCUGAGCCCCUUUCUUCCUGUCUCCCCUUCCCCCUUUCUUCUUUUGGAGUAUCUCCUUUAUUCCGGAUCUGUCUUCCUCCUCCCUCUCCACCCAGUCCCUUCUCUCUCUAGAUUGUUUACAUAUGAAGGGCUUUUCUCUCUCAGAGUCGCCUUCUUCUCUGAGGCAUACAAAUCUAAGUCAGACCAUUGCCCCCCCACUCCCCCCCCCCCGCCCUCCCCAGCUUUUCUUAGUUCACCCGAACCUCCGCCGCCGAGGGUGGGGCAUGGUGUCCUGCGGAGCCUCCUGAGCGGAGAGGAGGAAGGAACUGGAGAAGGGGUCACGGAAUGAAGGACUAGGUACUCGCUGCGCCCCUGCAGCUUCCUGGCCCCGAUGGAAAGCUGGGGCAGGAGCCAUCUUGACUCUUACCUUGGAGGGUUUUUGUCUCACCUCGCGGGGCCCGGCUAGGCUCCUGCCUACCUCCAUGCUUCCGGGGGAGAGAAGGGAAGUGGAGCAUGGAAAACUCCCUAGACUUGCCGGGGUGUGUCCUCCCUGGCCCAGUCCCCCUCCCACCCCCGGGAGGGCCGCCGAGGAUCGGGGCAGGCCUGGAGCACUGUGCGAAGGAGGGGCGCGAUCCACACGGCCAGGCCCUCCCCCCCACCCCACCCCCGCCAGCUUCUGCGGCUGCCCUCCCCUGCCUCCGCGGCCAGGACCCACUCGUGGCCUUUGAUUCGAUUCCAGAGGGAGGCCGGCGGGGAGACACGUCCGCUGCAGGGGUGCCGCCCGGCCCCCAGCUCCGGCAGUGGCGGAGGGGUGGGGGGGGGAGGCGCUCCCUGAAGGAUGGACCCAGGAAUGACAGGAGGGGCCCACGAGUCUCCGCGCGGUCCCCCAUCACCGCGAGGGUCUGGUGGGAGCCAAGGAAGCCGCUGUCUCAGCCCCAGGCAGGGCCACGGUGGGAGUCCAAGAGGAGAGGGCAGCACGCGGCUGCUGUGUGGCCCCAGCUUCUCCCCUGGGGACAGGAAGCCCCGGGGAAGGGGACCGGUCCCCCUCCCCUGCAUGAGGCCGAGGCCAGCUGCCUGCCACCCCCUCCCUGAGGAGCGGCCCAGCCAGGAACGCCCACCACACCCCCCCUCCUUUUUUUUCUAGUCAAACUCUGUUCACUCCUCGGCCUGCCUCCCUCCCUCCCUCCCGCUCAACCUUUCCUUCUGGUUUCUAUUUCCUGGGAUUGGGGAUUGACGUUAUACAACAGUGCC